AUGAGUAUUGGUGGUGGAAUAUUAGCUCGGACCAAUAAUCGCUUAAGCCAAACGAAUUCAACAACAACAGCAACAACAACAACGCUAAAUUGUCGAAGUGGUAUCGCGGCCGCAUUAACCGAAACCAUAAUUAACGAAACAGAAUUUCCAUCACUGGGGGUGAGGUCAUCACCCUCAUUUAAUACGUCAGUACCAACAACAAGCUAUUCAUCAUCACCUAUUUCACAUAAUCAAGCAUAUAAUCGAGAUAUCUACAAUGCUAUACAACGACCACCUUACGAUCAGUCAGAUAAUGAUUCAUCUUUUUCUAACACUGGUUUGGCUGACUGCAAGAGAUUGCCGAAUAAUGGUUGA